CGACGAAGAUUUUUUGCACGACGCUUACGAUUUGCUGAACGCGGCUGAGGGUCUCACACCUACAUUGAUCACUGAGAAUUGACUGCUGAACCCGUUGCGCAUCGAGAGCCACGUUGACAUAUCAAGGCUGCUGCAAAAAUGUCGCUCUCAACACAAGCACCCAUCGACAUCACAAUGCAAAUAGUCGUUCCCAACGACUCCAAUCCUACAGGCCCGCCGCUCCUCUCAGCAGAGCGCCGCAUAACACCCACGUGGACAAUAUCCCAGUUGAAAUCGAAAUUAGAGCCCAUCACGGGAAUUCCGUCGUCCUCACAGUCUCUUCGCACCAAAUCUCUAGAUGGGACCUGGAUCGCCUUGACCAAUGACGCGGCUCUCCUCUCUGAUCCCCGGUUCGGGCUUAGGAAGGGCUCCGAGAUUGAAGUCCAGGAUACCCGGCCUCCUCAGCUGCGACAGAACCUCAACUUCCUCGCCGCGGAUCUCAGUUCGGUGGAGAAAUACCAAAUGCCCGAGACCGAGUACGAGAAGUUGGAGGAUUCGGUGCUCGCGUGGAAACGCCGCCAGAAGUUGGGCAGGUUCGAUCCCCACGCCAAGUCUCAGUCUCAGAUGGUGGAGGAGCGGGGACAGAAGGAUGAGAAGGAGAUGGAGGCGCGGGGGAUCAAGCAGGGACUGAGAUGUCGUGUAGGGCGUGAUGAUGGGAGGAGGGGCACGGUGAGAUUCACGGGAGAAAUUCCCGGGUUGGGUGGGCAGAGGGAGGAAGGAUGUCUCUGGGUUGGUGUGGAGCUGGAUGAGCCCGUGGGGAGGAACGAUGGGAGCGUCCAAGUCGAACUUGAGGAAGAGGGGAGCAAGAAGGUGUACGAGACGAGGAGGGUGUUUCAGUGCGCGGACAAGUAUGGCGUCUUCGUCAGGCCGGAGAAGGUCGACGUGGGCGACUUUCCACCCCUGACUGAUCUGCUAGAUGAGGACAUGGAGGAAAUCUGAGGUUGGCGAGCGAAGCAAGCACUGGCCGUGCUGAGGAAGAAGAGCAGCCCAUGACCACCGGAACUGGCUCCUGCGAGCAGAGAAACAUCCUUUCUUGCACUCAUCGAGAAAAUCAGCUUCGGUGUCAUCUCGACGGCAACGUCAUGAGACCCCGUCGAAGAUUGAACGGGAACGGAGGCCGAAAUCCACGACAAAAGGAGACGAAUGAAAGGGCUUCCUGGAAGAAUACGAGGGCCUUUUCCAGUUCAUCCAUCAAGCUACCCGUGGAGGACGACUGAGCGAUCGCUUGUGCAACCCAGGGACGACAGGGGAAGCGCCGCGGACUACAAAGGGAGAGACCGAGGUAUUCAGCACCUCUGUUACGUGGCCUUAUGAGCACCCGAUGCGACCAGAAAGUCACCCGUAACGGCUACAUGAUCGCUCAUCCAAUUGACAUAUUUGCACUUGUGGCUUGCGAAAUUGAGAACCCCUUUUCAGAGCCCUCGCGUUUUGCAAGAGAGUCAUGCUCCAAAAGUAUAUCUUAGUCGUUAACUCUGAUUGCCUGAACAGUGUCCAGUGUAUGGUCCAGUGCCUCGACAGAGAGACAUCUAAUCAUUCCAAAUAGAUAGCUUCACACAGGCAAGAUCAAGCCUGUUCCUCGACCGGA